AUGACACACUAUCCGACCCAUUCACUCGUAUACCCUCUCCCUCACUCAAACAGCCAGAUCACCUCCCCCCACACCAGUGCGCAAGUGAAUGAGUGA